AUGACACCUCGUACAGAGGUGAAGUACGAGUUUGGCGGACCCCUAGGUGCAUCGGCCAUCACCUUCGGCCUGCCCGUUCUUCUUUAUUUCUUUGCUUUCGUCUGCAAUGACGUGUCGGGCUGCCCUGCGCCCUCUCUCCUGAGCCCUCAGACACUCAGCUGGGCCAAACUGACGGCGGAGAUCGGCUGGCCCGCAGGCGGCCUGAGGCAUCUUGGCAGUUGGGAAGCGACCGGUGUCGUGUUGAGCUAUUAUCUCUUCAGUCUGCUUCUGUGGAGGAUCUUGCCCGCGCAGACCACGCAUGGCACGAAACUGGUUCACCAUGGACGUCCGUUAGAAUAUCGGUUUAACGGUAAGCACCGUUGCAGUGCCGAGUUUCAUCCCUCGACUAACGGUAGCCAAGCAUUUUCAUCUACCCUCGUCCAUCUAGCCAUCUGUGCCGUAGGGACUUAUUUUCAAGGCGCCGAUUUCGUCGUCUGGACCUAUAUAUCCGAAAACUACGUGAAAAUCUUGACUGCCAACAUACUGAUCGCCUAUGCCCUUGCGAUCUUUGUUUAUGUGCGGAGCUUCAGUGUGAACACCCACUACCCGAAUGACGAUAUGCGGGAACUGGCUGCCGGAGGCCAGACGGGGAAUUUCAUGUACGAUUUCUACAUUGGCCGCGAGUUGAACCCGCGCGUCACUCUACCUGUCUUCGGGGAGAUCGAUCUCAAGACCUGGUGUGAGAUGCGCCCGGGAUUGACCGGCUGGAUCCUGCUGAAUCUGGCAUUCGUUGCGAAGCAGUAUCGGACGUACGGAUAUCUGUCCGACAGCAUCGUUUUCACGGCUUGUGUUCAGGCCUUCUACGUGCUGGAUGGCCAAUACAUGGAAUCAGGCAUUCUGACGAUGAUCGACAUCACGACGGAUGGGUUCGGGUUCAUGCUUUCGUUCGGCGACGCCCCGUGGGUGCCUUUCUUGUAUUCCACGCAAUGUCGCUAUCUGUCUGUUCACCCUGUCCAUCUCGGCUGGACUGGAAUUGGUGCAGUGAUUUCCGUGUUCUCUCUCGGACUGUAUCUCUUCCGGGCAGCGAACUCUCAGAAGAACACAUUCCGCAAGAAUCCAGGUCACCCCAAGGUCAAGGACCUCUCGUACAUCCAGACCAAGCGCGGAACCAGACUGCUCACUGCUGGCUGGUGGGGAAUGUCGCGCCAUAUCAAUUACUUCGGAGACUGGCUCCAGGCGUUGCCGUUUAGUCUGCCUACCGGACUGGCUGGUUAUGCGAUUCUUCCUGCAGGAAGCGCGACGGCCGCGUCUCAUGUCUUUCGAAUGCUAGAUGGAAGAGAAGUUGUGAGCGAUCAGGCUGGGGGUUGGGGUGUCUUCUUCACCUACUUUUAUGUCUUGUACUUUGCGACUUUGCUGAUCCAUCGCGAGAGACGAGACGAUGCGAUGUGUUUGGAGAAAUAUGGUUUUGACUGGGAGAAAUACAGGAAACUUGUUAAGUGGAGGAUUGUUCCGUGGGUUUACUAG